AUGUGCGAUUCAGCUCUGGUCAACAAAAGGAAGAAAGAAGUCUCAACCGUCACCUCCUCCUCCUUCCGAUUCACUGCUACCUCCCCUGCCUUCUAUUCUACCGCCACUCCGCCACAAAUUUCAAAUCCUCCACCAGCUGACUCAACCAACUCCCCACCGCCGCAGACAUCAACCAAUACCCCGUCUCCUCCUCCUCUUACUCCUCCAGCGGAUUCGGAAACACCACCAGGUUCACCAAACGAACCCAACAACCCUCCUCCAUAUCCAGACGUUCAGUCUCCUCCUCCUCCUCCUUCAACAAACCCUGAAACCCCACCGCCGGAAUCUUCUACUGCUACACCAUCAGAACAACCAAACUUACCUCCGACUCCACCGUCAGACCCCACCAACUCUCCCCCAGUCCAACCAUCACCACCAACUAAUUCUCCACCGCCGAGCUCACUCCUUCCACCGGCCAAAUCUAACGGUGGACCAGUCCUGUCUCCAUCAGUCCCCAGCCGAGAUACGCCUCCAACAAACAACACCAAUGGAAACAGCUAUCAAGGGAAGAGUAUGGUCAGCAUGGCUGUCUCCGGCGUCGCCAUCAUGGCCCUUGUAGCCAUUGCGUUCUUAGUGAGAAGAAAUAAAAAGAGAAACAUUGAUAGCUAUGCUCACUCACACUACUUGCCACACCCUAACUUCUCCGUCGAGUCAGAUGGAUUCUUUUACGGACAAGACCAUAGUAAAGUCUACUCUGGUCCUGGUGGUUCAAUGUACAACUCACAGCAGCAGCAGCAAUAUUCUUCUAACAGCUACGGUAGCCAAAGAGGUCAUCAAAUGCAUUCCAGUGACUCUGCGAUCCUCGGAACUAGCCAGACUCAUUUCAGUUACGAAGAUCUUGCGAAGAUAACUCAAGGCUUUGCUCGACACAGCAUUCUUGGAGAAGGAGGGUUUGGUUGCCUAUACAAAGGUACGUUGCAUGAUGGUAGAGUUGUUGCGGUGAAGCAGCUUAAAGCUGGAAGCGGACAAGGAGAGAGUGAGUUGAAGGCUGAAGUUGAGAUCAUCAGUUGUGUUCAUCAUCGGCAUUUGGUGUCUCUGGUUGGUUACUGUAUUUCGGACCAGCAUAGAUUGCUUAUCUAUGAAUAA